AGUUUGAUUUAGACGAAUUCUUGAAAGUUUAGUGUUGGACGUAUGGCAGCACCUAUAUUUGAUUGCUACGAGAGAGAGCCUUUGUUGUGUCUCAGUCUUUGGUUACAUUCGUGUGUUGCAUGUUUGUAUCUGAGUCCAGUUUAAAUGACAAGAAAACCAAGUAUUUACAUGACGUUCAAGUUUGGAAAGCGGUAAACAGUUAUGAACGGGCUAACUUUGAGUGAAUUUUGUUGUAUAUUUUGUUGCCCACCUUGUCCGUCUAGAAUUGCAGCUAAGUUAGCUUUUCUACCUCCUGAACCAACUUAUAGUUUUUCGGACGAAUCUUCAAAUAAGUGUCAAAUUACAUUAUCAGAAAAAGCAGAAUGGCAAUAUUCUGAAAGAGAUAAAGAAAACAUUGAAGGUUUUUUCGCAAGGACAUCAAGAGGAAAUAAAAUUGCAUGUCUGUUUGUAAGGUGUAGUCCUAAUGCAAGGUAUACAAUUCUAUUUUCACAUGGAAAUGCUGUAGACCUUGGACAGAUGAGUAGUUUUUAUUUAGGAUUAGGCACACGUAUCAAUUGUAAUAUAUUCAGUUAUGACUACUCAGGAUAUGGUGUGAGUACUGGAAAACCCUCUGAGAAGAAUUUAUAUGCAGACAUUGAUAGUGCGUGGCAUUCAUUAAGGACAAGAUAUGGAAUCAGUCCCGAAAAUAUCAUUCUUUAUGGACAAAGUAUUGGUACAGUGCCCACUGUGGACCUUGCUUCGCGUUAUGAAGUUGGUGCCGUUGUUUUGCACUCCCCACUUACCUCAGGGAUGAGAGUUGCAUUUCCUAAUACUAAACGCACCUGGUUUUUUGAUGCUUUUCCCAGCAUAGAUAAGGUGCCAAAAGUUACCUCGCCUGUUCUUGUCAUCCAUGGAACAGAAGACGAGGUUAUUGAUUUUUCACACGGAGUUGCUAUUUAUGAAAGAUGCCCAAGACCAGUAGAUCCAUUGUGGGUUGAGGGAGCUGGUCAUAAUGAUGUAGAGUUGUAUGGUCAGUAUUUGGAACGACUAAAACGGUUUGUUACUGUUGAGCUAGUCAACUGACAGUUACUCUGGGGCGAUGACCUCAACCCAUCAACUCUAAGCUCUGCAACCAAUAGCUCAGUAACAGAAAAACUCCUUUAACGUAAAAUCCAGCCUGGAUUUAAUUUCUGAAGUAAUAAAUUCAUUUGGAAUGGUUAGGAAAAAAAUUUCGAGAAGCUAUACUAUAUUUUUAUAAAUAUAAAUUAUAGAAGUUAUAAAUAAACUUUGGCUUAUUUUUAGUUUGUACAAUAGUAGUUAUUAAAUAAUAGCCAUUAUAGGCAGGGAAUUAUGCUCUUGUGUAUAUUUACCUAUUUGUGUAAAUUCUGAAUUUAUACUUAUUAAAAACUUUUUAUAUAAAUUGAUAAUUUGUUUUAUAAUAUUUGUAAGGCUGAAAAAUAAAAUAUUUUAGGUGAUAAUUAUUCAUUGAUAUAUUAAGUAUUUAUUCCAAUUUAUUGUUGUGCUAAAUUGGCUAUUUCUAUUUUGUUAUUUAAAUGUCUUAUCUUUUGUAAUUAUUAGAUUUUAUUAUUUUUUAACGUUAUUUAUUUCUUUGAAUAUUUUGUAAAAUUGGAAAAAAUUCUCUCAACUUCUACCAUAUUAAAGUAACCAAAAUUUUUAAAUGUUCAUAUCCUAUCCCUCAGGAUUUAUUAAUAACUUUUAUAUAUUUUUUUCAUUCCUUCCUUUUUGAACUGAUUUAUUAGAAUGAGCUCUCUGAUUGUAAUUUCUUGUACUUGCUUGAUUGUAAAUUAAUUAUCUGUUAUUUAUAUUGUUUAAAAAAUUUGAAUAUUUUGAAAGGGCUCAAUAAUAAUAUAAUCAUCUUAACAAUUACAUUUAUUAAAAAUUUGAAUAAAAAAAUUAAAUAUAA